AUGGUAACGGACAAAAAGAAAUUAAAGUUUCCGAGUUUCCUAGCAACGGUUCUGAUUGAGGAUUUAACUCAGGGUUUUGACCUCAUUAAUUUUGACACUGUUAAGAUAUACCAGUUGUAUGGUGAUGUUAGGAAGUUAGCAUUCCGCACAAGAGGCCGCUCUGCACAAUCGUUAGAUACAAACGCACCACCACCAGAUCCUGGCGCAGCAGGCGAUGGACCACUUUUCUUACAAAUCAAACCAGCAAUUGCUGAUCCUAGGGGAGCACUCACAAGAUCGCAAACCACACUUUCUGGCAAUGAUUUACAGCGCAAAGACGAUGGACGAGACGGGUCAAUUAACUUGCAAGCAGUGGGAGAAGGUAAAGUUCAACUUUCUCGGACACCACAGGAAAAAGACAGGCUGCCAGAUAGAAUAACCCUCGACAGGCGAGGGCUAUCGUCUAUUCCUCAUAUUGUUGGUGAGCCAGGUCUUCGGCUUCUAUCACUACAACAUAACUUAAUAAAUAGUCUUUCAGGUCUAACGCCACUGGAUUUAAGCAAAUUAGUGUUCCUAGAUGUAUAUGAUAAUCAAAUAGAUAAAAUCAGUUCUUUAGAAAGAUUGUUUAGCUUGAGAGUGCUUCUAAUGGGGAAAAACAGAAUUAAAAGGAUUGAGGGUCUUGCAAAUCUAAUCAAGUUGGAAGUUUUAGAUUUACACGGAAAUAGAAUAAACAAAGUAUGUGGCUUGUCAAAUUUAAAUGACCUUAAAGUUCUGAACUUGGCAGGCAACCAAAUAAAAUGUAUUGGUGCAACAGACUUACAGGGCUUGGUAUCUUUAAGAGAAUUGAACUUAAAGAGAAAUCGAAUACGACGUUUGCUUGGUUUCCAGAAUACUCCAAAACUUCAAAAGUUAUAUCUUGGGAAUAAUGAUUUGCAGAGUGUUGAAGAUGUCUCAUCACUUGCCGAGGCAAAUUCUUUAAUUGAUAUAUCAUUGGAUGGAAACCCAGUGGCAUUGGGUGGGGAUUGCACACCUUUCCUAGUGUCAUAUUUACCAAAUUUACUUACCUUAACAAAUAUGCACGUGACAGACCAAGUUCGUAGAGCAGCUAUGGCUUGGAGGGAUAAUAAAGAAGCUGCUCAUGCAGCCUAUUGCGCCCUUGGAGGAUCAGCACAACAAGCAGCACGUCGUGACCAAAUUAUAAAUAAUGCAAGGACCAAUUGGGAAUUACUUAGGUCCGAAAACAAAUGUUUUAUUAAUCCGACAAUACCAGAAAAAAACGUUGAAAUGGAGAAAGUUUUCGUUAUAGAAGCCUCAGCCACUACAAUGCAAUGUGCAACUCAAACAAUCGAUUUUGGAAAUCUUCCUGACGUUGUAAUUUCAAUGCAACAAACUGAAGUAGAAGACUCUGACGCAAAAAAUAGUAGCGAUAAUAAUAUUAAAGUAACCAAAGAAAACGGACCAAUCACAUCGCCAAUGAAAAAACUACAAAGAAGUGCAACUUCACGCAAAACUUCAGAAAGGCGAGUCAACUUUUCAGAUCGAAGUGCUUCUCAAGACACAGAUGUUUCACAUUCUACAUCUACUAGUAGUGACUUAAAGUUGCCUCCCAUACUGUUGCCAAUCAUUUCAACAUUAGAAAAUGUGAAACUUUCUGACAAUAAUGAACCAAUUUUAAAAAGAUGGGAAAGUAUAUCUAGUGUAGAUCCUAUUGUCGAUUCAUCAUUUAGCUCAUUGCCAUCUUCUUCAAGUGAUAGUGAUGAAGAAACCAACAAAAGACAAGUCCGACGCAUGCCCACCGCUUUACGUAGGCGAGAAAAUUUUAGUACAAUGCGAUCCAAGUCAGUAUGUGACCCUGAAUGUCGACGUGUCAAAGGAAAUGCAAAAAAUUCUGACUAUAGUGAAAAUGGCAGUAACAUUUCUGCAACGACAAAUAUAGGCUCUGUUGCAAAUUCAUCGACAUCUGGGAGUGAUCAUAACAGUAAGCUCUUAAGACGAGAAGGAUCUGUAAACAAUCGAAGCAGUAAUAGAAAUAUAAGAAGCGCUACCAUUUCUCGAAGGAACGAGCGAGCUACAUCUGCAAGUAGAGCUGCAUCUGGAAGAGCUAAGUCUGGAAAAAGUCUAGCUAGUUUAAAAUCUUCUGAACCAGUACCUAAACCAAUGCCUACAUCAAAAGAUAGGGAACAAGGAGUGGAUUACUUAGUUGAAGUUUGUGAUGGAGUUGUAAGUGCUUGGGGGGCAGGAGCCGUUCGUCGUUUAGCUAGAGACUGGGACUGGGAACGAGCGAGAGCAGUAACCAAAGCGGCAUUUCACUACGUUCACUUCAACGCAGUUGCGCAGUCGCUACCUGAAUUAAAAGUUAAAUUUCCAAAUGUGGUUCACUUGUCAGUACGCGCAACAGGACUUCAAUGGCUUGGCCAACUUCAUGCAUUAGCUGAGCUACGAGGCCUCACAAGCUUAAAUGUUGUUCCAGAAGGUAAUCCCAUACACGGAAAAAUUUGGAGAGAAUAUGCGAUAUACAGGCUUGCUCAUUGGGGUCUAAAAGAGAUCAAUGAUGAACCGGUGACAGAAGAGGAAUUAAAAUCUGCAAAUGAAACGUACAUUGGAUUGAGUGAUAUAGUGCUGAGAGCUCUUCCUGAUGCCCCAUUGCAGCCUUUACUGUCCCGUCUUGGCAGAAAUGGAACUAGCAGCAAUAGUGCGAAAUCAUGGCUUAGAGCUGCUGAUCCAGCAUUGAGAGAUGUGAUAGCAAAAGAAGCCCUUCAGUACAAAAAGGGUCAUGUCUCUCAAGAAGAUGUAAGUUGGCGGGUUCGAGGUCGUGGACAGCUAUCGCAUGCCAUUGAAUUGGCUUGCGGAGCGGCACAAAGGGUGAGAGCCUUGGAACAGCAGUGGCCAAGUAUCUUAGUGGAAAUGAUAGAAGAUAUCCUAAGAGACUUUUCUAACAUGGAUGCUCAUGUUAAAGAACAAAUGGCCAUGCUAAUGGAAUCAAUGUAA